AUGCCUCCUCUGUCGGCAUACACUUCGUUUGAGUCCCUCCUGUUCUUCCAGUCUCUAGCAACUUCGGAUUCCCGACCAACAAGCUUCGGCACAAUCUCAACCCUCCUGCGCAACAACCAGCUGGUGCGCGAGAAUGUCGAUUUCGAUGCCGAUCGCCUGACCCCGGAGGCGCUGGAAGAUCUCUAUGCGACGUUGAUGCGCGAUGGAUUCAGCCGUGAUAGUGCGCCCUCGGUCAAUGGACGACCCUCAGAUACCUCUAGUCCGCCUAAUCCGAAGAAACGCAAAAUCUCCAGUCCGCGACCAGAUGGAUUGACCGGAUUCACCCAUGCCACGCUCGUCCCGGAGUUAGUGGCACACCUUUAUGCCAAAUACAGGGAUCUAGUCACCAGGGAAAUCAGGGACGACGAGAAAAAAUAUACCGAAAUCAGGGCUGAGCUGGAACGGCUACAGCAGGAGGACGCAAAAUCAGCCGCUGCGGCAGCUACAGCACCCACACCCGUGAAGCCGGUGCCCAUCGAAGUGAAGGAUGCUGGUCUAAAGGAAGAGACGCUGCAUCCACAUGUACAAGAUCCGACAGGUCAACCUCUUGCGACGACCGUCCCGCUCGCCCAGGACAAGGCAAAGCCCGAACCGCAGCAUAUCGCAACCAAUGUGCCCCCUACGACAAAUGUGCCUCCGAAAACACACGUCCCUCCUGUGACCCAAACUCAAGCUCCAAUUCCCCAAUCGCAAACCCCAACACCCAACCCGCAAGACGUAGCUGGGCAAGCACCUCAACCACAGCCGACCACUCAACCCCUACCAAAACCCUCCAUCCAACCUCCACUUGCUCCAGCUAUCCAGAAAGCCCCUCCAACCACACCAGCCGGACCGCGAGUCACACCGGCACAUCCGUCACAAAUCGCACCUCGUGCUAAUCCCGUCCAACCUGCGCCCAUUGCUACGGGUAAGGCUGGCCCGUUGGCGCCGGCGUCCCAGCGAACACCCGCUCAGCCGAGUUUCCAGCAGUGGCAGCUGGAUCCUUCCCCCCACUCACCAUACCCGGCCGUCUCCCCAGGUGCUGCUACACCUCAAGUAGCUCAGGCCACUACCAAGCGACCUGUACCACUUUCCGUCAACCCACCUUUGCCAGGACCACAAGCCCAAACUCCCCUCCAACCUCUUGUUCCACAAACUCCUAGCGCCAUCCCAUCUACAACUCAUACACCUGUCCCGAUUGGCCGCCCGCGUGUUUCCCAAACCCCCAGUGCCACCUUCCCCUCUUUCUCCGAAUCGCGCGGCUCCCAUCCACGCCUGUCAAUUGACACACAAGGCUCCUCCACACCAUGGAAGAGAACUCCUCGCCCGAGGGUUUCGGUCUCUCCAAGCUCGCCGCCACGGCCACGGCCGGAGGAUGUGAGUCCCAUCAGUGAACGAGGCGACUCACCCAUUGAUGCGAUGGAAAUGUCACCUCCCCCGAGAAUCAAUCUAGGCCAACGAGCUCCAUCUACAGAAGACAAGAAACCACGACGUGGCCAGGCUGACACCAAACCCGCCCCUAUCAUCAAGACCGAGAAACUAGCCUCAAUUCGGAGGACACGUGCCGUAAGCUCGGGUUCUUCACGGAGUCGCGGGCGAUCCAUGGCUUCGCGCGAUGGGUCUGUUGCACCAUCGGAAGACACUGUACGCGAAUCGCGAGCAACGGGCCGCCGAAAGGGUGCAGCUGCUACCGCCGACGAGGAGACACCCAAACCGCGGAUAAAACGCAAACGCGGCGCAAGUGAAGCAUUAGAAAUUGAACCGCACCCCGCCGAUAUCCCCAGAUUCGACACAACUCAGUAUGUCAUGGCUACGCGCAACUUCCACCGGACCGCGGCACCCAUUAUGAACGAUGUAGCCACUCACAAGCUCGCGUCUAUCUUUGCCAAGCCAAUCAGCGAGCGCGACGCCCCUGGCUAUCACGAUCUCAUCUAUCGACCAUCUGAUCUCAAGUCAAUCAAAUCUGCCAUCCACCAGGGAAGCAAAGCCGUCGCCACAGCAGGAGAGUCAGCCAGCACCCCAGCCGGGGAUGGAGAGUCUCCGGUUCCUGGCGGUACACCAUCCAAAGGCGGCAUCCUAAUGUUACAGAAGAGUGAGGACUUCGUCCCACCCAAGGGAAUUGUGAACUCCGCACAACUGGAGAAAGAGCUUAUACGCAUGUUCGCCAACGCUAUCAUGUUCAACCCAAUUCCCCAGCGAGGAUUUGGACCCGCCUUCCCCAUGUCUAGUGACCGUGGUUCGCGUGAGAGUACCCAACUGGGCGAUUCCGACGAGGGUGGUAUCAUCCAGGACUCGCUGGAGAUGUUUGAGGAUGUUCAGCAGGCUGUUACUCGAUGGCGGGCUGCUGAGCGCACUGCUGAUGAAUUGGCUAAUAAGAAUGUCCUCUCUCUUCGCCGUGGAAGUGCCAGUGAUUUCAACACUGACAGUACUGAUGAUGUGAAAGGGUGA